UCCGUUCCGAGAGCAAUCGACAGCUUUAGUAUCAGAUAUCAGUCUUCUCCUCCGUACAAAAUCGACGAAGAUUUUGAAAAAACCGAAUUCAAAUCAGCAGUUCCGACCCCACAAAUCGCCGGAAAAUUUUGGUCCGGCGGAGACCUGUCAUUGAGAGUCUCGUUCGUUUGACAAAUUCAGGCACUUGCUUCUUGGUCUUCUUCAACUUCUGAUUUUUUUCGUUCUAGGGUUUAGGGUUUGGGAGUUUUCUUAUUGUUUCGGGGUUUUAGAACUUGAUUUGUGAUUUUCCUAGUUAAUUGAUCAAGAUUUUGAAGAGGCCAAUUCAUAUUAGCAGUUCCGGCACCACAAAAUCGCCGGCGGAGACCUGGCCUUGACUCUGAGUCUCGUUCGUUGGACAAAUUCAGGUGAGCUGCGCUGGGUUUGUUAUAGUAAUGGCUUUAUAAAAUGAGUUGAGUUCCAUAAUUUGCAGUAUGGGCCCUGACCUGGAGAUUAAAGGAAGACCAGAAAUUGUUAUGGAAGUAUCAGCUGGUAAGGAGAAUGACAGGGUCAUGGGAGGACUCGAAGAUAAGCAUAUGAAUUGUGUAAGCAAUUAUGAGGACAACACAUUUGGAAUGGAAGAUUCCUUAGUUGAACGGGAAGCCCACACAAAUGAGGAGGUGGAGGUCAAUAUAAUGGAUUGUUCUAACUCUGGUGACAAUGGGCUGGUUGAAGCUGCUUGCCAGGAUGCAUCUGAGAACACGAGUUCUUUUGGUGACACUGAUUCAGGAAUCGAGAAUGGUGCAAUUUUGGGGGAUGCUGAAGUUCAGUCAGAAUUAUGUGAUGAUGUUACAUCAGCAGUGCCAUUUGAUGGAUUUGGUGACGUGUUUCAAAUGAGGAAGAAAAAGUUGACAUCUCACUGGAGGGCAUUUGUGCGACCCCUUAUGUGGCGUUGUAAAUGGGUUGAACUGCAACUCAAAAAAUUUCAGUCUCAGGCAAUAAAGUAUGACAGGGAACUUGCUGAAAACAAUCAAAGAAAGCAGUAUGGAUCAGAGAACCUUAAAUUGGAAGGUUUUGCUGCGAAGUUACUGCCUUUUCCUAGUAACAGUCAAAGAGGAAAAGUUAUGAAGCGAAGGAAAAGAAAAAGAGUUGAAAACUUAAUGGAUACUACAACUUAUAUGGCAACUCAUAAUCUGUUCUCCUAUCAUGAGAAUAAGAAGUCUACUGCUGAUGUUGCUUCUAUGGAUGACGAUUGGGGUAAUUUAGUGAUUUCUGCAGAUAAGAAAACCAAUUGGAAAGAUGAGGAUGGGGUCAACGAUGAAUUGUUAUCAAUUGAGUUAACGGAGCGUGAUAAUUCGUUGGAACAAAUACUUCGAAAAAUUGGAGUUGUGCAGUCACAAGUCGGCAAACUGAAGACCAAACUCAACAAGGUAAUGAGUGAAAAUGCUGGGAGGUUCUCUUCGACUGAUGAGUCGAGCUUGCUUGUACCUUGUAAUGCAUUCACCAGCUCUGCCCGAAGUCCUGCUUCUCCUCCAAUCAAUGGGGACAGAAUGCCAUUUGGGUCUUCUUAUAUUGCUUCUCAGCCUAUAUGUGAGUAUAAUGUGGGUGAUGUGGUUAUGCCUGAAAGUGCAGUUUCGAGCCAUGGAGAAGUGACCCAUAUUCCUGAUAUAACAGAGAGCACAGAUCAGCGCCUGCCGUGUAAAAGUUCUGGGGAUGAAAUUCUGAUAUACCACCGGAGAGCGAAGAAGGAGCUAAAUAAUUUUGCGGAAGUUAAGGUUCAUCCUAUAGAGAAGCCCCAGGUGGCAAAGCUACCAAAGGAAGAGCAACAGAGCACUAUUCCUCCAGUUAUGGUUCUAGAAGAUCAGCCUGCAGAUGAUCAACCAACUCCUAAAAUACGUUCUCUUUCCAAGCUUACUGCCCCCAAGAUCAAGAGAAAGAGGGGGACACGGAAGGCUGGUAAAUGGAGCCGCAGAUCCUCAGUUUAGGUCAGAUGUGUUCGAGUUGGAAGUGCACAGAGUUUGAUUUGAAUGCUCGGGACCAGAGAAAAUUGAUGUUUGUUGCGUCAGUGCAAGAAAAAUUUGUACAUGCUUCAUAUUCAGAUGUAAUCUCUCUCUCUCUCUCUCUCAAGAAAAGUUCUUGAUAUAUAUUAUUCUGCUGUUCGAAUCUGUUGGUCGGGAAUUGGGUUGUCCAUUGAAUGAGUGAUUACAUUAGCUUUUCAAAUACUUGUUAGAGAGGUGGUAUAAACGGUGAUCUCUCCCUCAUACUGCAUCUGUUUUCUUGUUGAAAUGCUUUAUAGAACAAACAGCUGAUGCAAUUCUUACUGCACUUUA